CAGCUGGUCUGAUUAGUACGCUGCAAAAACAGGUCUCCUUGAAAUAAGUCAAACAUUCUUACCCCAUUAGCAGAUUUUCUUCAAAUAACUAAAAAGAAUCUACAGAUGAAACCGCAUGGCGAUGGCGCUCAACAUUCAUGGCCUGUCUGAGGACCAGUUCACGUGCUCCAUCUGCCUGGAUCUGUUCGACAACCCGGUCUCAACGCCAUGCGGCCACAGCUACUGCCAGAGCUGCAUCAGCUCCUACUGGGACGGAAAAGGAGGCGGCGCAGGUGGAGGCCGGGCCGCCAGGCCGUACCACUGUCCUCUGUGCAAGGAGUCCUUCCGCAGGCGACCGGAGCUCCACAUCAACCGGACCCUGAAGGAAAUCACCGAGCAGUUCAAGCAGAUGGCAAUUCAAGGCGAAGGAGUCGGGCAAAUGGAGCCACCCGCUCCACCACAGACGCCUCCAGUAGAGCCGGAUGGGAAUUAUGACCCACCACCUCCCUACAUCGCACCCCCCAGGGUUACUCCGAGAAGAACCAGUGACGCCUCUUCCAACCUCUCUUCGUGUCCCAUUCACCUGAGAGGCCUGGAGUUGUUCUGUCGCACAGACAACAUCUGCAUAUGCAGCCUGUGCGUGGAGGCGGCGGGCCACAGGGGGCACAGCGUCGUCCCCGCCAUGAGGGAGUGGCAGAUGAAGAAGACUCAGAUGGGCAUAGUGGAGACGGAGCUGAGAGGCCUCAUCGCCGAGAGGGAGAGGAAAGUCGAGGAGAUCCAGACCUCCAUUCGAGAGAUAGAGGUCGCUGCUGAAAGAGAGACUGAAGGAACCGUCUUUGCUUUCGCUCAGCUGAUCUCCAUUGUGGAGCGGUGCCAGUCUGAAGUAAUGGAGGUGAUUGAGAUGACGCUUCGCUCCGCUCAACUCAGAGCUCAGGGUUUGCUAACGGAGCUGAAAGAAGACAUCGACAUGCUCAAAAAGAAGAGUUUGGCAAUGAACCGGAUGAUGGAUUCUGAAGACUAUGUUUUCUUUCUGAAGUCAUUCUCUGCUCUGGCCACACCUGCCACCCCAAAGACCUGGACAAAUGUCUCUAUGUCGUCUCCCCUGACAUCGGGUGUUAUUCUCAAAGACAUCAAUCUGAUGAUGAACCGCCUCCAGGAGGAGAUACGGAAGCUUCCAGAAAUCUGCCAACAAUCCACAUCCCGUUUGAAUCCAAGGCCAAACCCAGGCCAACAAUCCACGCCAGCCCCGUUGGUUCCAAGGCCAAACCCAAGGGUAAAAAGAGUUCAAGAAUAUGCAGAGAACAUCACGCUGGACCCAAGAACGGCCCACCCGCGUCUCAUCAUUUCAGCAGAUGGGAAGCAGGUGCGCUGCACCGACCAUCACCAGGCGGUGCCGGACUACCCAGAGCGCUUUGACAGGGUGGUGUGUGUCAUGGCCCAUCAGGGCUUCAACUCAGGACGCCACUACUGGGAGGUGGAGGUUGGAGAGAAGACUGACUGGGACCUUGGAGUGGCAUGCCACUCUGUUAACCGUAAGGGUAAAAUCCCGGCAAGCCCCACCAAUGGGUACUGGUUCCUUAGUCUGCGGGAUCGGACCGAGUACGUCUUCCGAACAGAUCCUGCAACAAACCUGUCGGUCAACAUCAGACCCUCUCGGAUCGGAAUCUACUUGGACUGCGAUAAGGGGAUGGUGUCCUUCUACAAUGUGGAGGCCAAAGCGCUGAUCUACACACACACAGACAGCUUCCCGGAUACCAUCCAUCCAUUCUUUAGCCCCUGCACUAACAUGUCAGGACGGAAUGAGGCUCCAUUGGUCAUCUGUCCAAAUACAACGUCCGAUUGAAGAAAGCCAACCGUCCUACAUUUGUGAAACAUCAACAUAUUUUAUCUCUGCAAUGAGGUGACUGACAUACAAAAACUGACGACUUUAAUUUUUUUUCAAUGUGGGUCAUUUAGCAACAGAUCAAUGAUCUUUAAUUACUCUAAGUUUACUGGAUGGAAGUUUACAUCAGGAAUAGCAGUAAUCAUAAUGGCCCUUUUUGGAAAAAAGAAAAAAAAGAAGUUCCAUCCAAGUUUGACUAUUGUAUGUUUAGAAAGCAGGUACAGGUAUUCUAUGGUCCUUCGCACACUAGUGUGAUUGGGAUUUGCCAAAAUUUUGGGUUGUAAUUUUCUCUUGGAUAAUCUGAGAUGGAUGAGCCCAAAAUUUGGAUCAGCGUGAGAAAAAAUACUGCUCUAAAGACUUAAAAAGAUGGAAUGUUGAGCUGGAAACACACUGUAAAUAUCUUCUAAGGAUUGAUCUGCCUAAAUGUCUAUUUUCUUUCUCAAAUAAAUGUGAUUUUUCUCUGCAAAUAAAAUCCUAAAUGGAAAAAAAAUAUUGUAAACAAUUGAUAAACCGUCUCAGCCAGACUUUUAUUUUGUAAAUACCUGCUAUUAAGAGCUAUCAACAUUUAGAAAGGAAACUGAAAUCUAUAAUAUUUUGCACAAAUGUUUUAACUUUCUUUGGUGGUGGUUGGAUUAAAGAUGAAAAUGCAUUUGGAAUAAAAUAACAAGAAAAGUAAACAGAGGUCCAAAUGAAUUUCUAAUAAAAUUUCACUGACACUCAAAAUGGUAAAUUGUGUUUAACAUUAGUGUUUUUGACACUAUAGCUUUAUUUCAGAACAUUCUCCACCUGAAUGGUUGCUAGUUCAAUUCCCAGCAUUGGCAGGAUUUGGGGGGGGCAUUUUCCUCAGCCUUGGUGCCACUUUGGUGCUCAUGACCGCAGUGCUCGAGUGGAGCUUUUCAAGAGGGAGGGAACAGAAGGUUGU